AUGGGAGUUCUGGGCCCUAAAAUCCGUCUUGUGGCCGUCAAAAUCCGUGUUCUGGCCCCAGAAGUCAGUGUUUUGGCCCCUGUGCGGUGUGGGACGGCGGCAGCCGCCAGGUCUGCCCUGCUCCGGGGACAGUGGCCGAUACUACCCGGUUCCGGAGCGGACGGCGGUGUUGGCCAGGUCUGCCCGGCACUCGGGGGCCGUUCGCCAGGUCUACCCGGCUCUCGGGGGACGUUCGCCAGGUCUACCCGGCACUCGGGGGACGGCCGCCAGGUCUACCCGGCUCUCGGGGGACGGUCGUCAGGUCUACCCGAAGACGAGGUGGCGCACAGGUCGUUCCAGCGGUUCCGUCGGAUUUUUUUUCUUGCUUCUCCGGAAUCGUUCACGGCGGGCCGGGUGCAAGAGCGAGGUAGGAGUUCUCAGGUAGGCUCAGUGCGUGUUGUUGGGGGCAGAGAUGCCCAGCCAGGAUCCUGGCCAGGGAUUGUGAGUGUGCAGAAGGUCCGGGAGAAGCACGUCUUUCACGCGUGUGGAGGGUCCCUCAUCCACCCACAGUGGGUGCUGACGGCAGCCCACUGCUUCGUCAAUAGCCAGGAUGUCCCAGCGUGGCACGUGGUGGCUGGUACCACCUCCUUAACUGACAUGGGCCCAGAGACACAACACAGCUACGUCAGACAGAUCAUCAUUCACGACGACUACGAUACCACCACUCAGGCGAAUGACAUCGCUCUGAUGGAACUCCACGAGCCUCUCCAGUGCACCCCCUACGUGCAGCUCGCCUGCGUGCCUGACUUCUCCCUGCAACUCCGGCAGCUGAGAAACUGCUAUGUUGGUGGCUGGGGGGUCACCACGGCCAGAUCUGGAGGACUACUCCCGUCGCUGCAGGAGGCCAAGGUCCCCCUCAUUGACCUUCAAGUGUGUAACAGUAGCGGGUGGUACCAUGGGGACAUCCACCCCCACAACCUGUGUGCGGGCUAUCCGCAAGGAGGCAUCGACACCUGCCAGGGGGACAGCGGGGGUCCUCUGGUCUGCCAAGAUCCCCAUGCUGACCACUUCUGGCUGGUGGGAGUGACCAGCUUUGGGGUAGGCUGUGCCAGAGCCCGUCGGCCGGGGAUUUACGCCUCUACUCAAUACUUCCGCCAGUGGAUCCUGAUCCAGAUGGCGAUGCCCUCAUCGGAAGCAUGGCACAUCUACAAGGCUCUCCAGUGCAGCCCCUACGUGCAGCUCGCCUGUGUGCCCGACUUUUCACUGCGACUCUGGGAGCUGAGAAACCUUUAUGUUAGCAGCUGGGGCGUCACCACGGCCACAUCGUGGCAUGUGGUGGCCGGUAUCAACAACUUGGCUCAGGAGGGCCCUGAGGUCCAAGCGGGCUAUGUGAGGCGGAUCCUGGAUCACAAAGGCUAUAACAACAUCACCAUGGCAAAUGACAUCUCCUUGAUGGAACUCCACGAGCCUCUCCAGAGCAGCCCCUACGUGCAGCGCGCCUGCGUGCCCGAUUUCUCCCUGCGACUGUGGGAGCUGUGA